AUGACAAAAAUAGACUUCCACCCUGUUAUUAACGAUAAGAUAAGUCAAGACAAGAUAAGAGUAAUCAUUAUGGCGUCUGUGACAGUUGAAAGCAGUCUGGCAUUUUCAAUUGAUCGGAUUCUGGGUUUGGAAAGACCCGGAAACUGCCUGAAACUCCACAGACCCUGGGCAGAAAAUAAUGUGGAGAGCGAGAACAGAGAACAACAGCAGCAGCUAAACUCCCAGCCGACAUCAAACUGGUAUAUCGGACGCAGACCACGCACUGCCUUUACCACCAGCCAGGUGAAUAUACUGGAGACAGUGUUUCAGGUGAAUUGUUAUCCUGGUAUUCAGCUGAGGGAACAGCUGGCAGAGAGACUCGACUUGGAUGAGGACAGAAUACAGAUCUGGUUUCAAAAUCGACGCGCCAAACUGAGGCGUUCGCUCAGAGAAACCCGACUGCAGCUGGUUCAGACAGCUGUGGCUGACCUUGGGGUCGGGCACGAGGUCAUUGGUCAUCUGAAGGUCAGGUUGGGCAGGCGAGGUGACAGAGAGCUCCUCUCUCAGGUUGAGGCAGAAAAAGAAGGCUGA